UGCCUAAAGUCCGCUCUCUGCGAAAUGGGUUUGUUGCUGGACUGUUGAUUAUGUUGACUCACACGUGUUAGGGGCUUUUCUGCUUUUAAAAAGAGGCUCUGACUGAAUCAACGUUUAUCCCCCUUCGCGAUUAAUGUGAUCUCGCUCAGUUUCAGACAGGCCUGUCCGGACUCUCCAUCAUACAUGAGUGGUUGUUCAUUUAAAAACUCCAGCAGCAUCAGCAGUGUUAGCAGCCCAUCAGCUAACAGCAGUAGCAGGGUAAAACACCGGUUUACUCCCAUCCAGACUUCACUGCGCUCUGAAAUGUGACCAGAAUCUAGUUUUUACAGACAUAUUACCUUCUUCGAAGUCAGCGAAUCGGAUUUAGUGGAUUUAUUUAAUUUUACGCGUUUUCUUUUCACUAAAUCUCACUGCACACAUCAUGGGGGCUUACUUGUCUCAACCCAACACGGAGAAGAGCACUGGCAACGGCGGGAGCAAGAACUUGAACUAUGGGUUCUCGGCCAUGCAGGGCUGGCGAGUGUCUAUGGAGGACGCGCACAACUGCAUCCCAGAGCUGGACGAUGAAACCGCAAUGUUCGCGGUGUAUGAUGGCCAUGGAGGUGAGGAGGUUGCUUUGUAUUGCUCAAAGUACUUACCUGGCGUCAUUAAAGAGCAGAAGACAUAUAAAGAAGGCAAGCUGCAAAAGGCUCUGGAAGAUGCCUUCCUGGAUAUAGAUGCCAGAAUCACCACAGAAGAAGUCAUCAAGGAGCUUGUUCAGAUAGCUGGACGUCCUCAGGAAGAAACCGAAAAAGUAGCAGAUGAAGAUGAUGUUGAUAAUGAAGAAGCUGCUUUGCUGCAUGAAGAAGCCACUAUGACUAUCGAGGAGCUGCUCAACCGAUACGGACAGAACCAAAAUAAAAAUGCCAAAAAGCCAUGUCCUGAUGCCUCUAAAGAGUCUGAGGAUGGGGAGAAAUCUCAUGCUGAGAAAGGAAUCAACGGUGAGACCGAAUGCGGGCCGUCUGUUGCUGACAGUAUUGGGAAGAAGCCGGCUGGUGCUGAAAAUGCAGCUGAAGGCUCCAAAAUGAGGGCCUGCAGACGAGCGGCUGCUUCCAGCGGCUCAGCUUCUGAAGGAUCCGCUGAAAAGUCUGGGGAUGCCGGUCCUUCUUGCUCUUCUUCUGCAGCAGCUCCUCCAGGAAGUGCCAAGUCCAAGUUUUUUGAGGACAGUGAAGAAUCGGGGGAGGAGGAGGAAGAGGAGGAAGGCAGUGAGGAAGAGGACGGCAGUGAGGAGGAUGGUGAGAACAGCAGUGAGAAUGAAGAAGAGGAUGACACGGAAGAAGGAGAGGAAGAGGAUACUGAUGAAGAGGAGGAGAUGUGCUUGCCAGGCAUGGAUGGAAAAGAGGAGCCAGGCUCCGACAGUGGCACCACAGCUGUAGUUGCUCUUAUUCGUGGGAAGCAGCUGAUCGUGGCCAACGCUGGAGACUCCAGGUGUGUGGUGUCUGAAAAGGGAAAAGCGUUAGACAUGUCCUACGACCACAAGCCAGAGGAUGAGCUGGAGCUGGCCAGAAUAAAGAAUGCUGGCGGAAAGGUGACCAUGGACGGUCGUGUCAAUGGAGGCCUAAACCUCUCCAGAGCUAUCGGUGAUCACUUUUACAAAAGAAACAAAGCUCUUCCUGCUGAGGAACAGAUGAUCUCCGCUCUCCCCGAUGUCAAAGUGCUGACUCUCAAUGAAGAUCAUGAGUUCAUGGUUAUAGCAUGUGAUGGCAUUUGGAAUGUGAUGAGCAGUCAGGAAGUAAUAGACUUUGUGAGUGAGAGAAUGAAAACUGAGUCCGGUAAAAACAACCCCCUAUCUGCUAUUAUUGAUGAGCUGCUGGACCACUGCUUGGCACCAGACACCUCAGGAGACGGCACUGGAUGUGACAACAUGACCUGUAUGAUCAUCACCUUCUCCCCAUGCUCUGGAAGCAACAUCUCUGAGGGCACCAAGAAGAGAAAGCCAGAGGAAACCGAAGUGGAAGAAAACGGCAACGACAGCAAAAAACCCAAAACUGAGUAAAGGUGCUGCCGCUGAAUGUGUUGAUUAUUUUGAGGACAUUUUCCCUUUUGAAUACAGACCACUUAGGAGAAUUUUAAGAAUAGCUCCCUGAGAAAGAGCAUUUUACUUUUAAAUGAUUCAAAGACACAACUGUUAACUUUUUUUUUUUUUUUUUUAGUCCCGGUUUAACAAUCCCAUCAGCAACAUUUAUAUUUGAUGAUAAUGGAGUGAACUGAGCAGUAUCGGUUUUGACACAUGAAUUUAUGUGCUCAUUUAUUUGUCUUGUCCAUUGUACCAUUGUUUUGUGUACAUAGUAUUUUUCCAGUAAAUGUCAAGUUGAUUUUUUUUUUUUUUUUUUUUUUUUAUAUGCAGUAGUGGAUCCUUGUCAAUAUUUGUGAUGUUUUCUCUGGACACCAGUGUGUUACUGAUCAAAUACAUUUUUUUUUUAAAUAAUGUGAUUAAACACAUGCUGGACUUUUUUUGCCCCCGCCCUCCAAAGCCAUCACAUAGAUGUGGGAUAAAAACAAUCCUGUGGAAAUGAUCUCAUGAUGAUGAGUUACUCCGACAUUCCUCUCUCCCUUGUUUCAUAUUCGCUAAAAUAACUUUGUUUGCAAUGUCAUUUAUCCUAAAGUCCAUAUUAAUAGGCUUCUUUCCUUUUGAAUUAAAAGGAUUGCAGGCUGAUGUUUGGAUCCAUGUCUUGUUCUGGACCGUUACAGAGUGGAAGUCUUUACUUCAAAGCAAGAGUUUUCAUUUUACAUCUUAAAGCAUCCUUCAAAUUCAUUAAGGUUUAUAUACAACGUAUUUUGGAAUAUAUAUUUUGGUACUUUUUCAGAGCAUCUUUGUGGGUUGUACAGGGAAAAACGACAAGUCAUUGCUCAGAACUACAGCCUUCUCUGUAUCAAUAAACAAGUGGAGACAA